AUGGAAGAGGCCCAAUGGAUCGAGCAGCUUGCGCGAGGCGAGUCCUCCAAGCCGCUGCCCAAGGACAUGAGCCAUCACUACUCAGAGGUGACCAAGAGGCGCACGCCGAGCAAAAUGAAGGAGUACUACAAGUACUUUCUGAUCCCCGGCAUUGGACAGCUCGCUGGAGGUCUACCGCAUAGAAGCUUCUUCCCUUACGAUACCCUCGAGGCGCAGGCGGCAAAACCUGAGAGAUUCACGCCCUCGCCAAACCACCCAACCGCAGACUCCAUCUCGUCGCGAUUGGAAUCCACCUCCAUCUCGAGUCACAAGAAGUCCGACCCGUCCGCCGCAUCGCACAUCACUGUCCCGGCGCUCGCUACUCCCUCCGAUCCGCUCAAGAAGAUUGACUUGGCAACGGCUCUGCAGUAUGGCCAGGCCAGCGGCUACCCACCACUCGUCUCAUUUCUCAGACAAUUUGCCCGCGAGAACUUACACCCCAAUGUCCCGUACCGAGGCGGACCCGAGGUGGUCCUCACAGUCGGCUCGACCGAUGGCAUGUCCAAAUCGCUGGAGUUGUUCACAAACAUAUGGAACGAAGGCAAGGACGACAUUAGCGAGCGGCCGGGUCUCUUGAGCGAGGUCUUCAUGUACGGCAAUGUCCUCAGCCAGGCGCAGCCGCGAGGCGUACAAGUCGUGCCCGUGGAAAUGGACGAGGGUGGCAUGGCUGUGGACGGCCCUGGAGGACUGGAAGAUGUCCUCGCCAACUGGGACCCCGCCAAGGGAAAGAGGCCGCACAUGAUGUAUACUGUGACUAUGGGUCACAACCCGACCAGUGGUGUACUGUCCCUGGAGCGUCGCAAGGAAAUCUACGCCGUCUGCAGCAAGUACGAUGUGAUCAUCAUUGAGGAUGAUCCAUAUUGGUAUCUUCAGUACCCUUCGGCCAUCGUCGAGGAAGCCAAGGCACGUGGCCUGCCCACGCCCAAGCCCGAGAUGGCAAACACCUUGGCCCGGACGUCUGGAUAUCCUUAUCUGGACUCGCUAGCCCCGUCAUUCCUCAACAUUGACAUCGAUGGUCGUGUUGUGCGUCUUGAUACUUUCUCCAAGACUGUCGCCCCCGGUUGCCGUGUCGGAUACAUCACCGCGUCUCCCGAGAUUUGCGAGCGCUUUGUCCGCAUCGGCGAGACGGGUACCCAGGGACCAUCGGGCUUUGUGCAGUCCAUGCUCGCCGAGAUUCUGAUUGGACAUCAGCCCGAGGCCACGUCGCGCUUCCAGGUGGCCAAGAAUCAAAACACCUUUACCGGCUGGAACGUCGACGGCUGGGUUCGCUGGCUCGCUGGACUGCGCGGCAUGUACGAGCGUCGCAUGCAACGGAUGAGCUCGAUUCUCGAGGAGGGCGCCUACCAACUCAAGCAGAGCACGCCGUCCCGGGACGCCGACUCGGACUGGGGCGUCAUUACCAAGACGCAGCUGUAUGAUUUCGACUGGCCCCGCGGUGGCAUGUUCCUGUGGUUGCGCAUGCGCUACGAGACGCACCCGCUGUGGAAGGCUGUGGGCUCGGCCGGCAACGUCAUCAACGGCGUGGCCCUGUCGACGGCGCUCAUGAUCUUUUUGACGCGCAAGCCUUACCUGGUGCUGGUGAGCCCGGGUUUCAUGUUCAGCGCCACGCCCGAGAUUCGGGAACAGAGAGGCUGGGCCUAUUUCCGGCUCUGCUUUGCCGCCGAGUCGGAAGAGAAUAUUGAUCGCUGCUCUGAGCGCUUCGUGGCUGGCGUGCAGCAGUUUUGGCGCAUCAAGAAGGUCAAGGACCUGGAAGAGAUUCUGGCCGACGGCCCGGGUGGUUCAUCGGCGAGUACACUGGAUACCGAUGGACUGGUAGACUUGUCGACACCCAUGGGAUGUUAG